AUGCAAGGACCACCCCGGAAAAUCCCACGCCUGAACGCCACUAACGGCCCGUCCGCCGCCGCACGCUGGCAGGCAGUGGUCAACCGGGAUGCACAAGCGACCUUCUUCGUCUAUGCCGUCCUCACGACCAAGAUUUACUGCCGGCCGUCAUGCCCGGCUCGUCUUGCUCGACGAGCCAACGUCAGUUUCUACGACACACCCUCGGACGCGGAGAAGGCCGGCUUCCGGCCCUGCAAGCGCUGUAAACCACAGAACCUGCAGGAGGCUAAUCCCCAGAUCCUAUUGAUACAGAGGGCCUGCGAGACCAUCCAGUCCCAGAUCGAAUCCGGUUCGAAGCCCAUCCUCCGGAACCUGGCGGACGAGGCGAAUCUCACGCCCAGCUAUUUCCAUCGCCUGUUUAAGAGGAUCAAAGGCGUCACGCCGGGACAGUAUGCGGCCCUGGUCUUAAGCCAAAGUGGUGGGGAGUCAUUGGAUGAGAACACGCCCACCGGGAACCUCACGACCUGCGGGCCUUGGGCGUUAGACAUUUCGCGUGACCCUUCCAUACCCGACACCUUGGAUGGCGUUGAUGUCGCGAACGGUGGAGACGUUGGGCUCUGGAACGAUUUCGACGUUUUGAUAGCCGCCGAGGCUACCUGGAACGGUGGGCACUGGAUUGGAUGA